AGCAUGUUUCCAAUGAGGCAUUCACAUCAACCUUUUCAAUUGAGCUUAAUACAAAGAUGAAGAGAGAACGAGGGUUGGUGAUUCUUUCCAUUCUUGCAUUGAUUGCAUUAGAGAUGAUGGUUGGCGGCAGUCAGGCGGCAGUAGGGAUGCCGCCUGAGUCAGCACCAUUAAUUCGCCAUUUUUAUAAAGUACACAAUACGUGUGCGAACGUGGAGCCAUUUGUUCGACACCAAGUGCAGCUUAUAUGGGCUAAUGAUAAGACUGUUGCUCCAAAGCUCAUCAAGUUGCUCUAUGCUGAUUGCAUGGUCAAUGGCUGCGAUGCAUCGAUUCUACUAGAUGGGGCAAAUACAGAGAAAGCAUCACCAAAAGCCAGAGGACUAGCAGCAUUCGUGCUUAUCGAUAAAAUCAAGCAAGUCUUGGAAGCACGGUGCCCAGGAGCAGUUUCAUGUGCUGACAUUCUCAAUAUUGCAGCUAGAGAUGCCGUGUAUUUGUCGGGCGGGCCAUCGUAUCCGGUUUUCUUGGGAAGAAGGGACGGACUUGAAUCGAAUGCAGCAUGGGUAGACUUCCCCUCGCCUUCCAUGUCUUGGGAAUCGUCUUUGGCAUAUUUUGAAUCUAAAGGCUUGGAUUUGCAAGACAUGGUUACUCUCCUAGGAGCACAUAUGAUGGGCCGAGUUAGAUGCAGUAACAUCCUCGACCGUCUCUACAAUUUCAACAACACCGGGAAACCCGACCCAAGUAUGGAACCAUCUACACUAACUUACUUGCGGGCCGAAUGCCCUCAGAAAGUAAGACUCGGUCAACCCAACCCGCUCAUAAACUUAAACCCAAGUAACCCGACUCACAGUUUCACCAACUCCUACUACUCUCGAGUGUUGGAAAAUAAAUCAGUUCUAGGAGUUGACCAACAGCUAAUCUAUGGUGAAGAUACACAUGACCUAUCCGAUGAAUAUGCUGCAGGGCUCCAAGAUUUCAAGCUUGGGUUCGCCUUUUCCAUGAGCCGGAUGGGUGGGCUUAAGGUUCUUACAGGAACCGAGGGUCAGAUUCGACUCAAUUGUAGAAUGCUCAACAAAUAGAUUGAUAUAGUUAUCUUAUUUAUAAGCCAAUGUUGUCAUUUUAUUAUUAAUAAAGAUACUAAAUGUAAGAUCAGC